AGCCCCUACCACUGAUCAUGCCACUCACCACCUUGAAGUGCUCACACAUACAGGAAGACUUGCAUAAAAUGGGUGGUGCUCAUCAUGGUCUUCUCCGGUGCGCCUCCCCUGCAUGCCUCCACCUGGCCUUCUUCCUCCUCCUCGCCGUGGAGCCGGGCCUCACGGCCGGCCUCACCCGCCGCUACACGUUCAAUGUGACAAUGGCGACAGUGACGCGGCUGUGCCUGACGAAGAGCAUCCCGACGGUGAACGGGCAGUUCCCGGGGCCGAAGAUCAGCGUGCGGGAGGGCGACCGGCUCGUCGUCAAUGUCCACAACAACAUCAACAACAACGUCACCUUCCACUGGCACGGCGUGAGGCAGCUGCGGAGCGGGUGGGCGGACGGGCCGGCGUACAUCACGCAGUGCCCGAUCCGUCCGGGGCAGAGCUACGUGUACAGCUUCCGCAUCGUCGGGCAGCGCGGCACGCUGUGGUGGCACGCGCAUUUCUCCUGGCUCCGGGCGACGCUCCACGGCCCGAUGGUCAUCCUCCCGCCACUCGGCGUCCCUUACCCGUUCCCUAAGCCCUACAGAGAAGUGCCCCUUAUGCUUGGCGAGUGGUUCAACGCUGACCCGGAGGCCGUGAUCAAGCAGGCGCUACAGACCGGUGGAGGCCCCAACGUAUCCGAUGCCUACACUUUCAACGGCUUCCCUGGCCCAACAUACAACUGCUCAGCGAAGAGCACGUACAAGCUGAAGGUAAAGCCCGGGAGGACGUACAUGCUGCGGCUCAUCAACGCGGCGCUCAACGACGAGCUCUUCUUCGCAGUCGCCAACCACACGCUGACGGUCGUGCAGGCGGACGCCAGCUACGUGAAGCCGUUCACCGCCAACACGCUCGUCAUCUCCCCGGGCCAGACCAUGGACGUGCUCCUCACCGCCGCGGCCAGCACCUCCUCCUCGGCUUUCGCCAUCGCCGUCGCGCCCUACACCAACACCGUGGGCACAUUUGACAACACCACCGCCAUAGCCGUCCUCGAGUACUCCCCGCAGAGACCCUCCAUGCUUCGGAAUCUCCCCGCGCCAUCCCUCCCGUUGUACAAUGACACCAACGCUGUAACCAACUUCUCCUCCAAGUUCCGGAGCCUGGACAACGCGCGGUACCCCGCACAGGUGCCGAUGACAGUGGACCGGCACUUCUUCUUCACUGUUGGGCUCGGGGCCGACCCAUGCCAAAGCCCGAUCAAUGGUACAUGCCAGGGCCCGAACAACACCCGGUUCGCCGCGUCCAUCAACAACGUCUCCUUCAUCAUGCCCAAGACCUCGCUUCUCCAGGCGCACUACCAGCGGAUGUACAAAGGCGUGCUCAUGGCCAACUUCCCCACUGCGCCAGUGCGCAAGUUCAACUACACUGGAACGCCGCCCAACAACACAUUUGUCACACACGGCACCAGGGUGGUGCCGCUUGCCUUCAACACCACCGUCGAGGUGGUGCUCCAGGACACCAGCAUCCAGGGCGCCGAGAGCCAUCCGCUGCACUUGCACGGCUACGACUUUUACGUCGUUGGGACGGGGUUUGGGAACUAUGAUGCCAACAAUGACACCGCCAAGUACAACCUCGUGGAUCCGGUGAAGAGGAAUACCAUCAGCGUGCCCACCGCCGGAUGGGUCGCCAUCCGGUUCAUCGCCGACAAUCCCGGUGUAUGGAUCAUGCACUGUCACUUGGACGUGCACUUGAGUUGGGGUUUGUCCAUGGCAUGGCUCGUCAACGACGGGCCGCUACCGAACCAGAAGUUGCCGCCUCCGCCAGCCGAUAUCCCCAAAUGCUCAUAGUCCACGACAAAUAUCCCUGACGGUUUUGAUUCGUGCGACGCAUGAAUGGAAGUUCAAAUUCGUGGUGGUGGACGGAUCCACUGCUCGAUCGGUUUGACCUGAAUGGUGUGCCCGUUCUGUAAAUGUUUGGUUUUGAUGCCUCUCUCUCUAGCUCUUGGACAGAAACAAGGUUGAUGUAAGAGGCUGAAUGGGUCGAUGGUGUUGCACGAUUCAUGUUGUUAUUGUUGUUUUCUUUUGAGGGAAUGCUGUAAUUCUUUGGUUCCACCUCUUCCUUCUCAUUCUGGACAUUUGUUAAUGUGUAUAGUGUAUCAAAUCAAAAUAUAGGCCAGCAAAGUGAUUCAUUCGAGCAUGCAA